GUGUGACUUGCGCGCCAACGGGACAGCAGCCAUGCGCCCAUGCCGGCGGCUAAGGUUCGACUUCGACCCAGCUCUAUAUAAUAGCACGCACGCCGCUCUCGUGCAUCAGCUGCACACAUCCGAUCCACCGCCCAGCCGUCGUCGUCCUAGUUGCUUCGCUCUGCUGUACUUGGUGCGCCUGAUCUGGCCAUGGCAGGGCCGGGCGAGAAGCCGUCGUCCACCUCCGCCAACGGCAACGGCACGAAAGCCCCGCCGCCUCCGGCCGCUCCCGGCGGCUCCGGUAUAGCCAAAAGGCUUCCCCGCCUUGCAUUCGUGUUCCUGCUUGCGGUUCUGUACCGUCAGCUUCAGGCUCCGCCUCCAAAGAUCUGCGGAUCCCCAGACGGCCCUCCGAUCACCGGGACAAGGAUCAGGCUCAGUGACGGCAGGCACUUGGCCUACCAUGAGUCGGGUGUCCCGAAAGAACAAGCCAACCAUAAGAUCAUCUUCGUCCAUGGAUUCGACUCAUGCAGAUACGAUGCCCUCCGAGUAUCACCCGAGCUGACACAGGAGCUCGGGAUCUACAUUUUGUCCUUCGAUCGACCUGGAUACGGCGAGAGUGACCCUCAUCCGGCAAGGACCGAGAAGAGCAUCGCCCUCGACAUUGCAGAGCUAGCUGACAGCCUGCAUCUCGGGUCCAGGUUCUACCUCGUCGGGUUCUCCAUGGGCGGCGAGAUCAUGUGGAGCUGCCUCAAGCACAUCCCCCACCGGCUUGCUGGGGUGUCUAUCCUCGGCCCCGUGGGCAACUACUGGUGGUCAGGCUUCCCGUCCAACGUGUCGUGGGACGCGUGGUACCAGCAGACCCCUCAGGACCAAUGGGCCGUCCGCGUCGCGCACCACGCGCCCUGGCUGGCCUACUGGUGGAACACCCAGAAGCUCUUCCCGGCCUCGAGCGUCAUCUCCUUCAACCCCGCCAUCUUCUCCAGAGAAGACAUGGCCAUGAUCCCCAAGUUCGCGUCUCGACCUUGCUCGAGCAAGGCGAGGCAGCAGGGGGAGCACGAGAGCCUGCACCGGGACAUGACCGUCGGGUUCGGGAAGUGGGGCUGGAGCCCGCUGGAGAUGGAGAACCCGUUCCCGGGCGACGAGGCGGAUGUGCACCUGUGGCACGGCGCGGAGGACCUCAUCGUGCCCGUUAGCCUGUCGCGGCACAUCGCGGAGAGGCUGCCAUGGGUGAGAUACCACGAGCUGCCCACGGCCGGGCACCUCUUCCCCGUCGCCGACGGCAUGGGGGAUGUCAUCCUCAGGACCAUGCUGCUCGGGGAAAACUGAAGUGAGUGCUAGAGGGAGUGGUCAGCGAUGUUGUCUGCGUUUUCUUGUCUUCUUUGUACUACUGGUUGUUGGUGUUUUUUCAAGAAGGUGACUCUUUUUCAUUGAACAACGAGGCUGCUCCUAUGUAGAAAGCUCGUGACAAUAACUCCGUGUCUGGUUUUCCCCAAGCAGCAUUUUUUUGUUGUUGAGGAAAACAGUAGGUCUCUGCUGCUUAUUCCCCUGAGCAGCAUUACCCAAUCUGAAUGGCAAGUUAGCAACAAAAUCAGCAAUACAUGAGUUCAAUUUUAAUGGUAUUUUUAGAAUCAGGAA